AAACGGUAUCAUGUCAGUGUUACUGUUCUUUCUAAUCAAAUGUUAUUUUGUGACAGAAAUAUCCUCCGAAACAUUUACAACCGGAGUUGGGUUGUUCACAGAUAAUUCGGUGAGGCAAAAUAGUACAGCAUGCUUUCUGCUUCUACAACAUGCAGAGGAUGUGUGGAAAAUUGGUGGACUCCACACCUGCAUUUCCCAUCAUCCAACUCCCAUUGGGCGGGACUUGCAAAUUAUCCCAUUUAGUAUUUCGGUGGAUUCUGAAGCAUUUAACAAUUUUCCGGAGCAUGGAUACUAUUUUGAGCAACUUGAUUUUAUCAACAAGAUACUAAAUGCAGGUGCCAAAUCGUGUGUGACAGUUACGGGAUCCGACUGGUGGAUUGAGCAAGAUUCUCACGGUAAACAACAAGCACAUCAUGCCAAAUGAAUUGCUCUGGAGUACAUUCCUUUUCUGCCAAUAUAUUUCUGACAA